AUGCCCCCUUGCCAACAGCUCAACUCGACAUCAAUUCUCACUUUUCAAUUUGCACUCGACCUCAUGCGAGCGAUCUUGAGCUUCCUUGCGACGACGAUCGCGUCGGUCGCAGCCAUGGGCGCCUGCUACGACACGUACGACUUCAAGAACAUCGACCACCACUUCGACGUGAUGCGCCAGCGCUUCUCGACCGUCCGGACCUUCCAGACGUACAUCUACAGCGACAGCCGCAACGUGAUUGACGCUGCGAGCGACCACGGUCUCGGUAUCUACGCCGGGAUUUGGAUCCGCGGCUCCGACUACGACAAGGACGUCCAGGCCGUCAUCGACGGCUACAAGCGCCACCCGAACGCGGUCAAGGCCGUCUUUGUGGGCAACGAAGACAUUGACAACGGCUGGAGCCAGUGGCAGGUCAUCGACAAGGUCAACGAUGUCCGCAACCGGCUCCGGGCGGCGGGCGUCAACGUCCGCGUCGGGUCGGUGCAGACCGACGGCGCCUGGCUCGGCGCCCAGGACCUCUACAACGCGUGUGAUAUCGUUGGUGUCAACAUUUACGAGUUCUUUGGCGGCUCGCUUGCGGACCGGUGGAACGCCAUGGUCAAGAAGUACGGCAAAAGCAAGCUCAUGAUCACGGAGACCGGGUGGCCGUUUGGUGGCGGCAACUACGGCAGUCAAGUCGCGUCGUUCGACAACGCCGUCAACUACUUCAACAAGGUGCGUUCGUGGGUGAGCGCGGGCAACGGCGGCGAAGACGUCAUGUACUUUAUGUUCCACGACAACCCGGGCAAGUGGCCCGACUACGAAAAGCAGUUUGGUCUCGCGAAUUCGAACGCGCAGUGGAAGUUUGACUUUGGCACCGCGCCCAAGCCGACGCAACCGCCGCCGCCGCCGGCUCAAGGAUCGUGCUCGGCGCCCGAGUGGAACACCGACUACCCUGGCAACGACCUCUUCAGCUUUGGCAUUUCGGGCGACAUGGCCUCUCUCAUUACGCAGUGCUGCGCCAAGUGCCUCGCGACGUCCAACUGCGGCGGGUACUCGAUCUUUGAGAACCGGUGCUACAUCAAGUCGGCGAUGAAUGGCCAGAAGGGCGUCAACGGUGUCACGUCCGCGCGCCGUCAAUAG